UUUCUUUUUUGUUCAGCAAUCUAUAAUGCUCCGACUCGCUGGAUCACGAUUGUCCCAACAGCACCGCGGAUUGCUCGCCGCAGCCGCCCGCCCGCUCGUCCAGUCGACGCUCGCGCCGUCUGCACACUCGAUUCCACCGAGCCAGAGCGCCUGCAGCGGGAGCACUGUGGGCAAGGGAUUGUCCGACGCGCCGCCACGACUCUUCAGCCGCCCGAUCACGACGUCCGCCUCGCCAGCCGCAUCAGCCUCGCCAACCUCGCCAUCAAGCUCAAGCGCAGGCAAACUUCCGCAGUCCAAUGCUGCGGUUGGCGCGGGGAUUACUGCUGCGUCCAAGUUCGACGCGGUGAUUGUCGGCGGCGGGCACAACGGACUCGUCUCUGCCGCGUACCUCGCCAAGGCAGGCAUGAAGGUCCUCGUGCUGGAGCGGCGACACGUCCUGGGCGGUGCUGCAAUCACGGAGGAAAUUGUCCCAGGUUUCAAGUUCUCAAGAGCCUCGUAUCUGCUUUCACUGCUACGCCCGGUGGUGAUUGAGGAUCUCAAGCUCAAGCAACAUGGCCUCAAGGUGCACAUGCGCAACCCAAGCUCGUUUUCGCCUCUCCGCGAUGGGCGCUACCUGCUGAUGGGCUCCGAUCACAAGCUGAACCACGAGCAAAUCUCCAAAUUCUCGGCAAAGGACGCCGAGGCGUAUCCCAAGUACGAGCAAGCGCUCGAUCGCAUGGCCACCGCCAUCGACCCGCUGCUCGACAGCAUCCCAUUCUCGGGGCGCUCGUCGCUUUCGUCGUGGUCGCAAGUGCAAGCUCUGGCCAAAACUGCCGUCGGUCUGCUGCCCCAUAUGCAGGAAUUCUAUCAGAUUCUCACCGCACCUGCUUCCAAGAUUCUGGAUCGCUGGUUUGAGUCCGAGCCGCUCAAGACCACCCUCGCGACGGAUGCAGUCAUUGGAGCCAUGGUUAGCCCCCACACUCCAGGCAGCGGCUAUGUGCUCUUCCAUCACGUCAUGGGCGGCGUCGAGGGCGUCCGCGGCGCCUGGGGCUAUGCCGAAGGUGGCAUGGGCGGCGUGUCGAGCGCCAUUGCCUCUGCAGCGCGGGCUGCCGGCGUGACCUUGCAAACCAACGCCACCGUGUCCUCCAUCGUGGUCGACGAGAGCGCCAAUCGCGUCAAGGGCGUGAAGCUGCAGGACGGCACGAUGAUUGAAGCCAAAUACGUUCUCUCCAACGCCACACCCAAGGUGACCUUCCUCGACCUGAUCAAGCGCAGCGCCUUGCCCGACGCGUUUGUGCGGGAUGUCUCGACCAUUGACUACGCGUCGCCUGUAACCAAGAUCAACGUCGCCAUCUCGGAGCUGCCCAACUUUACAGCUCUUCCGAACAAGGGCAAGAACGUGGCCGGGCCCCAUCACCAGACCACCAUCCAUCUUGGCUGCGAGACCAUUCAGGAGAUUGAUGAAGCGUUCGUUGAUGCCAAGUACCGUGGAAAAGCCUCCGAGAUGCCUGUGAUUGAGAUGUGCUUGCCUUCCGUGCUCGACAAGACCCUGGCGCCCGAAGGAAAACACGUCGUCUCACUCUUUACGCAGUACACGCCGUACAAGCUGGCCAAGGGUGACUGGGACGUACCUGGAACGCGCGAGGCCUAUGCUGAAAAGAUCUUUACGUUGAUUGAUUCAUACGCUCCAGGCUUCAAAGCAUCCGUCCUUGGCUAUGAUAUUCUCACUCCGAUGGAUUUGGAGCGCGUGUUCGGGCUGACGGGUGGAAACAUUUUCCACGGUGCCAUGGCGCUGGACCAGCUGUACUUUGUGCGCCCCACGCGCCAGAGUGCCUCGCACAAGACGCCCAUUCAAGGGCUCUUCCUCUGUGGGAGCGGCGCCCAUCCCGGUGGCGGUGUGAUGGGAGCUGCUGGUCGCAACUGCGCCAACGCUCUGCUCGCCUCCGCCGGUCGGUAAUUCGCGGUCUCGUGGUUUUCCAUUAUUCGUUUUUCCUUUUUGUUUUGCAUACAGCCUGCCUCCAAUUCAGAAUCGUUCAGUUUCACUGCA